AAAAUCAAUGAAAAUCGAAGAAGAAUUUAUCUCUGCUAGUGUAAACCCACGGUCGCACUGCCUGACCGCCUGCAAAACCGCCCCACUUGUCGCCUAUGCCUCGUCACUUCAAAUCGCAGUUCAAACAAUUCCAAAAGAUGACUCAGAAGUCGGUGUUAUCAAGAGCACCUCGGAGCGUCGUCAUCAAAAACCGAUCACCGUGCUGAAAAGACUAAAAUCUUCGGAAAUCGUCGCCGAUGAAUUUGUCACUGGCGGUGUGGAUUCUCGUGUAGUUUUAUGGAAACUACGUGGAGAACACGUGGAAUACGUCGCAGAUCUGACAGGUUGCGAUGGAAGUGUCGGAAGUGUGUGCGGAUGUGUUGAAGAUGGACGGAAAGUUGUAGCCGCUGCUUGGGUAUCCGAGACGUCAAACGGCUUUCACGCAUGGUGGACAUCUUCAAUUGGAGAUCUUCUAAAUUCCACUGAAAUUAAAUUGGAUCACAAAGCAUUUGCGCUCUGCCUAGACGCUAUUUCCAUUCAAAAUUCUGUACUCUUAGCAGUCGGAACUUCAAAACGAUUUGUAGAGUUAUAUGGAGAAUCGGCAGACAAAAAAUCGUUUUCUCGGCUGAUUUCUGUCGCUGGACACACUGAUUGGAUUCAUUCGAUUGCUUUUAAUGACAAUCCCGAUCAUCUUCUCGUCGCCUCAGCUGGACAAGACACUUAUGUCAGACUAUGGGCAAUUGAACCAGAAACUGAUGAAAAGUCUGAAAAUAUUCGCGAAGAUUCUUCAACUACACCACCAGAUGAACUGACAUCAUCAGCUAAUCUCUUCUCAAUCAACUAUACACCAUACCGUUGUAGUUCACAUGCUGUAAUGCAGGGACAUGAUGAUUGGGUUCAUUCGACAGUUUGGUCAAAUGAUGGAAGAGUUCUGCUCACGGCGAGCAGCGAUAAAACUUGUAUUAUUUGGAAAGAAAUCGAUAAUCUUUGGAGAGAUGAUGUUCGGCUGGGAAUUGUUGGUGGAGGACAGGCUGCUGGAUUCUUUGCUGCAGUUUUUUCUUCAUCGUUGGAUUUGAAGGAUUCCGGCGAAAAAAAUGCCGAAAAUGUGGUGAUCAGCAGCUCAUAUUUCGGCGGCCUUCACUGUUGGAAGUCCACAGACGAACAGAAAACCUUCUGGACAGCACUACCAAUGACUGGUGGACAUGUUGGAGAAGUUCGCGAUGUUGAUUGGCAUAGAUCUGAUGACGGGGAUUCCGGCUUUCUGAUGAGUGUCGGGCAGGAUCAGACUACGAGAGUUUUCGCGAAAAAUGGGAGACAGCAGUCCUACGUAGAAAUCGCCCGUCCACAAGUCCACGGACACGACAUGCAGUGCCUUUCAUUCGUGAAUCCAUCGAUUUUCGUCUCCGGAGCCGAAGAGAAAGUGUUCAGAGCAUUUCGAGCUCCAAAAUCAUUCGUUAAAAGUUUGGAGGCGAUUAGCGGAGUCCCCACGGAAAAAAGUUUCGGUGACAGUGAUCUGGCAGAAUUUGGAGCAUGUGUACCUGCUCUCGGGCUAUCGAAUAAACCAAUGGUUGAAGGGGAGACUGUUGAUGGUGAACACUGGGAAGAGGAUGCUUUUAGAGCUGCUCCCGUUGUUCUUACGUCUCCUCCAACAGAAGACACUCUACAACAGAACACUCUAUGGCCUGAACAGCACAAACUAUACGGACAUGGAUAUGAAGUUUACGCUGUUACUGCGAAUCCUACUGGAAAUGUACUGGCGACUGCGUGCAAGUCCAGUCACGUGGAGCACUCGGUUGUAAUGCUGUGGAGCACGUCGAAUUGGUCCAAAAAGUCUGAAAUAAUUGGUCAUCAGUUGACAGUUACCCAAAUCGCGUGGAAUCCAUCUGGAACACGACUACUCACUGUCAGCAGAGAUCGAACCGCCAAGUUGUACACGGAGAAAAAUGGAGAAGUUGACGGCUUCGACUACGAUUGCGUUUGGACUUCCGGCAAACAGCAUACUCGAAUCAUUUGGGCUUGUGAUUGGAUAGACGAUGAGCACUUCGUCACAGCUUCCCGAGAUCAAAAAGUCAUUGUUUGGGCUGAAUCCGCCGGCCAAACAGCUCCAAAAGCGACAGUUAAACUCGAUGAGCCGGUCACUGCGAUUGCUGCUGUUUCAAAGGAUGUUAUAGUUGCAGGACUACAAACCGGAGAGCUCAUUGUUCUUCGAUUUGAUUCUGAAGGACUUCACGUGAUCGAAAAAAUUGGAGCCAACCGAAUUCCCAUCGAUUCUGCAGUUUUGCGUUUGAGAUUCUCGAAAAAUGGAAGAAAAUUAGCUGUAGCGACGACUGAUGCGAAAUUGAGAAUCUUUAAUGUUUCCCAGUGAUUUAUUCCAAAAUUGUUGACUAAUUUGUUAUUUGUUUCUGUUUUCAAUAAUAAUUUAAA